AUGGAGGAAAUAGCUUUUGUUAAGAGAUUCCUUGAUUCUGAAUUUAAAGUCAAGGAUCUAGGAAAGUUACAUUUCUUUCUUGGAUUGGAAAUUUUGAGAACAGAAGACAGAUUGGUUCUGAACCAACGAAAAUAUGCUCUGGACUUGAUAGCAGACGAUGGAGUUUUAAUAGUUAAGCCAUGCUCCACUCCUUUAGAGCUAGGGAUCAAAUUAGAUAGUGAAAGUGGAAUGAUCUAUGAUGAUCCAGCUAGAUAUCGAAGAUUGGUUGGUAGGUUGUUAUAUCUAACAACAACAAGACCAGGCAUCAGUCAUGCCGUUCAACAACUUAGCCAAUAUGUAUCUAGCCCCACAGAUUUGCAUAUGAAGGCAGCCUUAGGUGUGCUCAAAUACCUCAAAGGAGCACCUGGAAAUGGAUUAUUCUAUCCAUUCAAAAACAAUCUGACACCUACUGGCUUCGCUGACUCUGAUUGGGCUACCUGUUCUGAUACAAGAAGGUCCAUUACAAGGUUUUGUGUGUUCCUUGGUGAUUCCUUAAUGAGCUGGAAAUCCAAGAAGCAGACUACCAUCUCUAGAUCUUCCUCCGAAGCUGAAUACAGGGCAUUUGCAGCCUUGACUUGA